UUUUCUUAUUUUCUUUUUUCAAGAAAAAACAAAUCUUUAUUUUUAAUUAUCAAAUUUAUUUAGGAUCAUACGAUUUUAAUACAUUCUACACAUUUCGUAUUAAGUUAAAAUUAGACAAAAUCAGAUAGAAUAACCUUUUUUAUUUGAUGACCAACCAACUAUGAAUAGCCAACCUAAUUCUCUCUGAACUUCUUCAUCACCAUUCACCACCAGAUCAUAUUAAUAUGGAUGGGCAGAAAUUGGGCACCCAUAUUAUGGGUCCUCCAUCAGUUCCAACUACUCAUCAAGACAACCAAAAAGCUGCCUUAUGGAGAGCUCAUGAUCAGGAAAAGCUACAUGAUUUUCAAACUCAACAACAGCCUUACCUUGUGUAUUCCCCUGUUGUAAAGCCUAGCAGCAAUCCAAUUGACUCUGUUGCUCAUGUAUUCAAUUCUUGGAGUAACAGAGCUGACACCAUCGCCCGCAAUGUCUGGCGUAACUUGAAAACUGGUCCAUCAGUAUCUGAAGCAGCAUGUGGUAAACUUAAAUUGACAGCCAAGGCAUUAACAGAAGGUGGAUUUGAGCCACUUUACAAGCAAACUUUUGCAUCAGAUCCAAAUGAGCAGCUGAAGAAGACAUUUGCUUGUUAUCUUUCUACAAUAAUUGGUCCUGUUGCUGGAACUCUUUAUUUGUCAUCUACUAAAGUGGCUUUCUGUAGUGAUCGUCCCUUAUCUUUUAGAGCUCCAUCUGGACAGGAGGCUUGGAGCUACUAUAAGGUGGCAAUACCAUUGGCAAACAUUGGAAGUGUCAACCCAGUAGUCAUGAGAGAAAAUCCAUCAGAAAGGUAUAUUCAAAUUGUCACCAUAGAUGGUCAUGACUUUUGGUUCAUGAGAUUGAUUAAUUUUGAGAAAGCAAAGCUUCAUCUCCUAGAGACUUUAUCACAUUUUAGAGGCCAACCUUAUGGUGGAUACUGAAAAGUGAAAUGUGGCACAACCUCGUGGUAAUUACAACUAGGUGAUGAAAUGUUUGCCCAUUUAUUUUGUUCCCCUAUGUUUUUUUGGAAGAGAUAUUAAUGUGUCAUUACUACUUGUAGAAUAUACUCUUAUUUUAAGUGAUGUUUUGAGUAUUGUACUCUUAUUUAUGAUACAGAGAUAAAGGAUAUUUUGAUUAUUAUACUUUUA